CAUGGCGGCGCCCUGAGAAGCCACUUCCGGACCCAAACCCCUGCGUUGCCCUGGCUCUUCUUAUUCCCUGCUGCCAUGGCGGCUCCCAGGGUUUACCGGAAGUAAAACAUCAGAAGCGAGCCGGUGUCUCUGCCCGGAAGCGAGCGCGGCGCUGGGAAAGAUGGCGGCGGCGGUGGGCAAUGCGGUGCCUUGCGGGGCUCGGCAUUGCGGGGUCCGGCCCGCUGGGCAGCCCAAGCCCAAGCCGCAGCCGCGCACUGUCCUUGCCGCCGGGCCGGCGCUCAUAGCGAGCGGCGACGAGCUGGUAGCCGCCGUGUGGCCGUACCGGCGGCUCGCGCUGCUGCGGCGCCUCACGGUGCUGCCAUUCGCGGGACUGCUCUACCCAGCCUGGCUGGGCGCCGCGGCCGCCGGCUGCUGGGGCUGGGGCAGCAGCUGGGCGCAGAUCCCCGAGGCCGCGCUGCUUGUGCUCGCCACCAUCUGCCUCGCGCACGCGCUCACCGUCCUCUCGGGGCAUUGGUCCGUGCACGCGCACUGCGCGCUCACCUGCACCCCGGAGUACGACCCCAGCAAAGCGACCUUCGUGAAGGUGGUGCCAACCCCCAACAAUGGCUCCACUGAGCUCGUGGCCCUCCACCGAGAUGAGGGUGAAGAUGGACAAGAGGUGCUAUCCUUUGAAUUCCAGAAGAUCAAGUAUUCUUAUGAUGCCCUGGAAAAGAAGCGUUUCCUCCCUGUGGCCUUUCCUGUGGGAAACGCCUUCUCAUACUACCAGAGCAACAGAGGGUUCCAGGAGGACUCGGAGAUCCGAGCAGCCGAGAAGAAAUUUGGGAGCAACAAGGCUGAGAUGGUGGUGCCUGACUUCUCAGAGCUGUUCAAGGAGAGAGCCACAGCACCCUUCUUUGUGUUCCAGGUGUUCUGCGUGGGGCUCUGGUGUCUGGACGAGUACUGGUACUACAGCGUCUUCACACUCUCCAUGCUGGUGGCCUUCGAGGCUUCUCUAGUGCAGCAGCAGAUGCGGAACAUGUCAGAGAUCCGGAAGAUGGGCAACAAGCCCCACAUGAUCCAGGUCUACCGUAGCCGAAAGUGGAGGCCCAUUGCCAGCGAUGAGAUUGUACCUGGGGACAUCGUCUCAAUUGGCCGCUCCCCACAGGAGAACCUGGUGCCGUGUGAUGUGCUGCUCUUGCGGGGCCGCUGCAUCGUAGACGAGGCCAUGCUCACUGGAGAGUCGGUCCCCCAGAUGAAGGAGCCCAUUGAAGACCUCAGCCCCAACCGAAUCCUGGACCUGCAGGCCGACUCCCGGCUCCAUGUCAUCUUUGGCGGCACCAAGGUGGUGCAGCAUAUCCCCCCACAGAAGGCCACCACGGGCCUGAAGCCGGUCGACAACGGGUGUGUGGCCUUCGUUCUGAGGACAGGAUUCAACACGUCCCAGGGCAAGCUGCUGCGCACAAUCCUCUUUGGUGUCAAGAGGGUGACGGCAAAUAAUCUGGAGACCUUCAUCUUCAUCCUCUUCCUCCUGGUCUUUGCCAUUGCAGCAGCCGCCUACGUGUGGAUCGAAGGUACCAAGGACCCCAGCCGGAACCGCUACAAGCUGUUUCUGGAAUGCACACUGAUUCUUACCUCCGUUGUGCCCCCCGAGCUACCCAUUGAGCUAUCUCUGGCCGUCAACACUUCCCUCAUUGCUCUGGCCAAGCUCUACAUGUACUGCACGGAGCCCUUCCGGAUCCCCUUUGCCGGCAAGGUGGAGGUGUGCUGCUUCGACAAGACCGGGACCUUGACCAGUGACAGCCUGGUGGUGCGCGGGGUGGCCGGGCUCCGGGAUGGGAAGGAGGUGACCCCUGUGUCCAACAUCCCCAUAGAAACACACCGGGCUCUGGCCUCAUGCCACUCCCUCAUGCAGCUGGAUGACGGCACUCUCGUGGGUGACCCCCUUGAGAAAGCCAUGCUGACAGCCGUAGACUGGACGCUGACCAAAGAUGAGAAAGUAUUCCCCCGAAGUAUUAAAACUCAGGGGCUGAAAAUUCACCAGCGCUUUCAUUUUGCCAGUGCCCUAAAGCGAAUGUCCGUGCUCGCCUCCUACGAGAAGCUUGGCUCCACUGAUCUCUGCUACAUCGCAGCCGUGAAGGGGGCCCCUGAAACCCUGCACUCCAUGUUCGCCCAGUGCCCACCUGACUACCACCACAUUCACACGGAGAUUUCCCGGGAAGGAGCCCGUGUCCUGGCGCUGGGGUACAAGGAACUGGGGCACCUCACCCACCAGCAGGCCCGGGAAGUCAAGCGAGAAGCCCUAGAGUGCAACCUCAAGUUCGUCGGCUUCAUCGUGGUCUCCUGCCCACUCAAGGCUGACUCCAAGGCUGUGAUCCGUGAGAUCCAGAAUGCCUCCCAUCGGGUGGUCAUGAUCACAGGUGACAACCCGCUCACUGCCUGCCACGUGGCUCAGGAACUACACUUCAUUGAAAAGGCUCACACACUGAUCCUGCAGCCUCCCACAGAGAAAGGUCAACCAUGUGAGUGGCGCUCCAUCGAUGGCAGUAUCAUACUACCCCUGGCCCCAGGCUCCCCGAAGGCACUGGCCCUGGAGCAUGCGCUGUGCCUCACGGGUGAUGGCCUGGCCCACCUACAGGCCGAGGACCCACAGCUGCUGCUUCGCCUCAUCCCCUAUGUGCGAGUGUUCGCCCGAGUGGCCCCCAAACAGAAGGAGUUUGUGAUCACCAGCCUAAAGGAGCUGGGCUACGUGACCCUCAUGUGUGGGGAUGGCACCAAUGAUGUGGGUGCCCUGAAGCACGCAGACGUGGGUGAGCCACUGAGCCUUGGGAGUGGUGACUGCCAACACCAGCUUGGCAUCAGGGACACAUCACCAAGUGUGGCACUCCUGGCCAAUGCCCCCGAGAGGGUCAUCGAACGGCGGCGACGGCCCAGGGACAGCCCCAUCUUGAGCAACAGUGGAGUCAGGACCACCUCCAGGGCAGCCAAGCAGAGGUCGGGGCUCCCACCCCCAGAGGAGCAGCUGGCCUCCCAGCGGGACCGCCUGAGCCAGGUGCUGCGGGACCUUGAGGAUGAGAGCACACCCAUCGUGAAGCUGGGAGAUGCCAGCAUCGCUGCGCCCUUCACCUCCAAGCUCUCUUCCAUCCAGUGCAUUUGCCACGUGAUCAAGCAGGGCCGAUGCACACUGGUAACUACACUGCAGAUGUUCAAGAUCCUGGCGCUCAAUGCCCUAAUCCUGGCUUACAGCCAGAGUGUCCUCUACCUGGAGGGUGUCAAGUUCAGCGACUUCCAGGCCACGCUGCAGGGGCUGCUGCUGGCUGGCUGUUUCCUCUUCAUCUCCCGCUCUAAGCCCCUCAAGACCCUCUCCCGAGAGCGACCCCUGCCCAACAUCUUCAACCUGUACACCAUCCUCACAGUCAUGCUCCAGUUCUGCGUGCACUUCGUGAGUCUCGUGUACCUGUACAGCGAGGCCCAGGCUCGGAGCCCUGAGAAGCAGGAGCAAUUUGUGGACCUAUACAAAGAAUUUGAGCCAAGCCUAGUCAACAGCACAGUAUACAUCAUGGCCAUGGCCAUGCAGAUGGCCACCUUCGCCAUCAACUACAAGGGUCCACCCUUCAUGGAGAGCCUGCCUGAAAACAGGCCCUUGGUGUGGAGCCUAGCCGUGUCACUCCUCGCCAUCGUGGGCCUGCUCCUUGGCUCUUCACCUGACUUCAACAGCCAGUUUGGACUCGUGGAUAUCCCUGUGGAGUUCAAGUUGGUCAUCGCCCAGGUCCUACUCCUGGACUUCUGCUUGGCUCUCCUGGCUGACCGCGUCCUGCAGUUCUUCCUGGGGACCCCAAAGCUGAAAGUGCCUUCCUGAGAUGGCGGUGCUGGCACCUGCUGCCCACCCUGCUGCCACUGGGCAGGAGCCCCACAAGGGCCCCAGGAGGGAACACUGCCCCACCCUGGCCAAGGUGAGGAUGACCUGGCCUCACCUAUCAAGACUGAGCUGGGACACCCCCCCCCACUCCCCCCCCAACGGCCGUCUGAGGGCCUGGCUGGCAGAACGAGCCCCAGACCAGCACCUUUGGUAAAUAAAGCAGCAUCCAUGAUUUUAAGAA